AUGGCGACCCCUGCAGACGAAGAUGACAUCGACGUCGAGACCCUCCAGGCUCAGGUCGACAUGUCCAUGGCAUUCACACAGAAUCUCGUCUCGUCAUGGAUGACCCCAUCGAAAGGGAAGCUGCCCUCGUCUAGCUCGCAUCUUAAUGAUGAGAAAGAGCUUGAGGAGUAUAUGCGUAGACCACCAAGGCUUGGUGUGGGUGCAGCCGUCCCGGAGUCCACGAGUAUGUUCGGACGCGACGCCGCUCGGCUCAAGAACAAGCUUACCGGGAACAACGCCAAGAAGCGCGGGAGGGACGAAGACAGGGACGUCGUUGCCAGGGUGGACGUGUUCGCGAAGGAGGGGAAGGGGAAGAAGGCCAAAAAGGACGCGUUCUCAGGCCCUUCCACGUCCAAGGCUCAAGUGACGUCCCCGAAGGCUUCACACUCAAAUCAGAACGUCGAAGUGGCUGCUCGUCCUCACACUCCAGACCCUGCAGAUGGCGAGAGGUCCCCGAGUCCCGCAUCGCGAGAUCAGGCUUCUCCCAAAAAGAAGAAAAAGAAACAUCGCGUAAUUGACUUGACGGAGUCUCCUGCGCCCUCGCCUCGCAAAACGCCAGCGGAGCAGGUCGCGGAUGGACCAUCCAAAAUGUCGCUCUCCGCUAAUAGACAUGAAGGUGAUGUGGAUGCAAAUCGCUCAUCCUCAAAACCAGAUCAAGCAAAAUUAUUCAAACCAUUUGGCGGUCCACCUAUACCCCUCCUGAAUCUCAGUGGUCCCCCCGCAAACACUGCAGAGGACGCGUCGCCUGCAUCUCCCAAGAAGAAACGACGACGCAAAAAGAAGAAAAAGAAGCCAGUUGCGGAAGUCGCAGUCGAUGACGACAGCGGGUCUGAUGAAUGA